AUGGCAGAUGAAGACAACGACAUAGUACUGAGUUUUAACGACAGUUUGUUACGGAAAUCGGACUUGAAGCUCCUCGAAGGUGCACACUGGUUAAACGAUAAGCUAAUUGGAUUUUGCUUCGAAUAUUUUGAGAGGGAGAAAUUUAGCCACUCUGGGGAUAGGCUGUGCCUUAUUAGCCCUGAUGUGACCCAGUUUAUAAAGCUUUCUCCAGUGGAGGAGCUGGGAGUUUUUCUGGAACCCCUGAAUCUCAAGGUGAAGGAGUUUGUGUUUAUGGCUGUCAAUGACAACAGUAACCCUGACAUUGCAGGAGGAACACACUGGAGUCUGUUGGUAUACAUCAGAUGUCGGCAGGAGUUCCGCCAUUAUGAUUCCUAUGGGAGUGCUAACAAGGAAAUAGCCAAGCAAUUGGCCUUGAAGAUCCAGCCCUUUGUCCUAGCUCCAAGGGGAAGAAUGAAAGUAAUUGAAGCAGAUAGCCCCCAGCAACAGAAUGGUUAUGACUGUGGCUUAUAUGUGAUAGCGACUGCGGAACACAAGUGUAAAGAACUGUGUGAGGGGUUCUGCGUGUCUCUAUUAGACACUGUUAACAGCACUUCAAUGAAAGACAAACGCCAGCAGCUCAUUAAGCUCAUUCACACAGUUGCCUCAGAGUUUUCCGGCAGCUGACGGAUCUACCCGCAACUUCAAUGUACAAAUUACAAUAUACGCGGCUAUGUAUAGGUUCACAUGUUUACAGUCAGUGGCGAGUGGACUGACUGAUCUAUAACUGAUAUUUGUGUUAUACCAGGCUGCAGACAGAUCUGUGGUUAACUCAAUGUUUACCCUGAACAUGUAAAGCUGUAUUAUCUCCGGGGGCUAGUCCUUACACAGGGGUCAAUGGAUACGGGGCUAUUUACAUAUUAACAGACUCAUGUAAAGGUUAUACCAAUCGUUAUUAACUUUUUCUGGACCUCCGACACCACAUGACAACUCUCUUGUCCCAAGAGCGCCAUACUCUGUCAAUGAAAAAAGUUGUGCUUUGACAUAAUUUCUGAGUUCAUGCUAAAGCUACCUCAGGUACAUUAGAGUUAAAAGGCUGAGGCCAUAGCUACUGCCCAUUGGGAUGUCAGAGGUUACUUGAAGUACACUAACAACCUGUCAAGUGAGCCUCAUGUAGAAUAACAAAUCAUUGGUCUGUUCACAUUGAAAAAUGCCUCAACAAUUCCUGGAACUGAUCCCUUUCUGGGGGGAAAAUAUGACAUUUGGAAUGCAAAAUAAUUUGAUAAUACUCCUGAGCAGUUCCAUGCAGAUAAAAAUAUCUUAAUAGCUUUAAUUUGUAUACUGUGGGUCUCUAUCCUUAACCCCAAGUGUUAACGAGUUUUGUAGGGAUAACAAAUACUUGAAGGGAAGUUGCACUGUAGAAUAGUUUUGGCAGUUUUAACUGUUUCUGUCCAUUGAUCAUGUACCAAAUGUUCCCAUUAGUUUAAAGAUGACAAUCAAGCACUGCCCAUUGCAGGGAUUAUGCACCAGAGUACAUCCAAACAUGUUUUUGGGUUUUAUGCAUGCAUCCUGUCUGACUGUUAAGAACUAAUUUCUUUUUUACUGGUAAGAUACCGGAUUUUGCAAACUAUAUGUAUUGAAAAUGAUUUAAAGAGAUAAUAAUUUACAGUUCAAGGACACUUGUUAAGUUACUUAGCCUGUCCUGUUCAGAAUUAUUGUGAAAUCGUUGUGAAAUAUCUGGUUUUAAGGGUCCCUGUCACAAUGUAGGUAAAAAAACACUAAGAAUUCCAAUUGUGACUGAUCAUGAGCCAGUCCACUUGCUGAUCAGGUAGCUCAAGUCUUGGUCAGGCUCUAUUGGAUUUUCAGAAAGUUGUUGCUUUUUAUAAACAGUCUUCUUUUUUUCUUCACAAAAGGGUAAACAAUAUAAACCGGUUGUCAUGCAGGUAAAACAGUUUCCAAUUCAUUGUUGUAGUUUCUGGCAGUGGUACAGGGAUCCUCAUUUUUUUUUUUUUUUUUUAAGUCAAGUUAUAAAAACUUAAAACAUCCUGUAAUCUAAACUAUUUACCUAUGUUAAUGGUAUUGCAUUUUAUUUAGUUUGUUUAACAAAUUUUUAUUAUGAAUUAAUGCUGUUUUUCUUCAAUAUUGUAUGAAAUGAAAGUUUUGUCCCUGUACAAGCCACAUUAUUGAUGCAAAUUUUGCUCAUGGACUUGAAAAUCACCGCUUUGAAGCCAGGAGUGCUAUUAUGCACUGAAAGUUUCAUGUUAGUAUGUGUAUACUUGUAAUCUGGUGUACAGAUGUUCAUACUUUGUUCAAUUAUGAGUCAUUGUCUGCAUAAUGAAAACUUACGUUUGAUAAUGGUAGGACAUUAGUAACAUACGUGUACUAUAUUUGAUAGGAUCAGUGAUAAAUGAUCAUCACAUUUUGUUGCCAGUUUAGAAAGUAUAUGUUCACCUUGUUCAAGCAGCACUAGUAUUUUUAUAGGGAUACCUGGUAAGGGGAGACAACAGUGUUGAUACCAUGUAUGGGGAGACAACAGUGUUGAUACCAUCUAAGGGGAGACAACAGUGUUGAUACCAUGUAAGGGGAGACAACAGUGUUGACGUACUACUGGCUUGUUCUGUGCCUGUAUGGUAGACAACAGUGUUGAUGUCCUACUAGCUUGUUCUGUGCCUGUAUGGUAGACAACAGUUUUGACAUACUAAUAGCUUGUUCUGUGCCUGUAUGGUAGUGUCCAUGUACUUCUAGCUUGUUCUGUGCCUGUAUGGUAGACAACAGUGUUGACAUACUAAUAGCUUGUUCUG